AUGGCGCUGUUUUCAGCAGCAGCAAAAGGAGACUUCCUGAAGAUACAAUCAUUAAUCGACUCGGAGGACAAGUCAGAGGAUUCGGGAGGAGUUGAUGUAAACUGCUCGGAUGCGUCAGGCAAGACGGCCCUCCACAUUGCUUCGGAAAAUGGACAUUUGAAAACGGUUAAAUGCCUUACCAAUCUUGGAGCAAACGUGAAUGUAAUCGAUGCUAACCUACAGACAUCGGUUCACUUAUGCUCAAAGAUAGGCCAUCUUCAUGUGGUAGAGCUGUUAAUGAACGAAGGAGCAGAUAUUGAAAUUGGUGACAAAGAUGGGUUUACAGCUCUUCACAUAGCAUCAUUCGAGGGCCAUCUUGACGUCGUCGAGUAUAUCGUUAACAAAGGAGCAGGUAUCGAAAUUGGUGAUAAAGAUGGGAUAACAGCUCUUCACAUAGCUUCACUCAAGGGUCAUCUUGAUAUUGUCAAAUACCUUGUUAGGAAAGGUGCAGACCCGGGGAAACUUGCUAAUGAAGAGGACCACCAUGACUACCUUCGCAGUACUUUUCGUGGUAAGGCUUUCCCUGGCUUCAUGCCCCCAUACUCCCGAACAUACGAUCCAUAUCGUACCAGUCCACAAGACAUUUCUCGCUUCAUGAGGAAGAGCAACACAAAAGAGACAAUGAAUAUUAGUCUGGACGAGUGCAGCAUCAAGGUUCCAAUUUCACCAGACGAUGUGGACAGAGCCAAAUAUAUCACAGCAGAAGCAUUGACAACCGUUCCACAUGACUUAAACCUGGAAAAAGACGAAGUUAUCAUCUCAGUUGGGCUCAAGCUAUCCCCUCCUGGUCUUCAGUUUAAAACUCCGGUGGAAGUCACGGUCUUGCAUAGCGCUAUUUUCACCAACCCAGACAAGGCAGAAAUUGUGCUAUACACCCGAAGAACUGUGCAGAGAGCCCCUGACUGCCACGACGAACCCAUCACAAUUAUGACAGAGAUCUUCACACAAAAUUAA